UUCCCCCCCUCGAUCCGCCAUUUCGGUCGCGGAGGCGGUUGUCGCUCGUCGGUGCGGAGCGGAGCGGGUUCGGUUUGUCCGGUUCUGGAGUUCCGAACCGGGCCUAAACUCCGCCGUCGGGAAGUCCGGACGUCGCGGCUUCGUUGCGUUUGAUUCCCAGCGGCGGCGUCGGGAAACGGAAGUUGUUGUAUGAGUUGCGGGGGAAGGGGGGGCCUGGCUUGAAGCCUCGGACCGGACUCCGCCGCCCGUCCGCCCGCCAGCCAUGGCCGGUAAUUUUGACGCCUCGGACCGGGCCAGCUGGUACUGGGGCCGCCUGAGCCGCCAGGAGGCCGUCUCCCUGCUCCAGGGCCAGAGGCACGGAGUCUUCCUGGUCCGGGACUCGAUCACCAUCCCGGGGGACUACGUCCUGUCCGUGUCCGAGAACUCCAAGGUGUCGCACUACAUCAUCAACGACAUGAGCCCCGCGCGCCAGCCGGGCCCAGGUUCGGCGCCUUCUCUGUUCCGGAUCGGGGACCAGGAGUUCGAGGCCUUGCCGGCUUUGCUAGAGUUCUAUAAGAUCCACUAUCUGGACACCACGACGCUCAUAGAGCCCGUCGCUAAGGCCAAGAACAGCGGGCCCACCGGCUCGCCCUCUCCCGGCGCCCCCCCGCAGCCCAAGGAGGCCGAGUUCGUCCGGGCGCUCUUCGACUUCCCCGGGAACGACGAGGAGGACCUGCCCUUCAGAGCGGGGGACGUCCUGCGCGUCCUGGAGAAGCCCGAGGACCAGUGGUGGAGCGCCUCCAACCAGGAGGGCCGGGUCGGCAUGAUCCCCGUUCCCUACGUGGAGAAGUACCGGCCCGCCUCGCCCGCCGCCGACGGCUCGGGCCCCGCCGCCGUCUCCGGAGGCGCCGGCCCCGACGGGACAGGGGCCACACAGGGCCACCUUCUGGGGGACCCGGGUCCGUACGCUCAGCCCGUGGUCAACAGCCAGCUGCCCAACCUGCAGCAGGGCCCGGUGUUCGCCCGGGUCACCCAGAAGAGGGUGCCCAACGCCUACGACAAGACGGCGCUGGCGCUGGAGGUGGGGGACAUGGUGAAAGUGACCAAGAUCAACGUGAACGGCCAGUGGGAGGGCGAGUGCAAGGGCAAGCAAGGCCACUUCCCCUUCACCCACGUCCGCCUGCUGGAGCAGCAGAACCCCGACGACGAGAGCUGAGGAGAACCGAGCCGGCGCCUGGCCCGACCCGUCGACCCGUCACGCCCGGUAAGGAGGAGGCCCGUCGUGUCCGAGCCCUGCGGCUGAUCUGGAUCUGCUGGGUCUGCCGGCAGAGACGCCUCGACUGGACCUCCUGUUGUCGUUUAGAUGGACCGAGUUCAGGCUGAGCUCAGACUGGUGCUGCCGGGUCGCUAUUAGAACCUUUAUCUCCCCUUUAUAAGCCAGUUCUGCCGCCUGAACACCAGUUUCGGACAAAUUAAGUCUUUGUAUUAUUUGAAUUAAUGGUGGGUUUCUUCUUCUGCUGAUUUAGUAUUUAUUGCCAUGAUGCAGAUAAUUGCCGGUCCUCCAGAACCUCUCGGUCCAGACGUCUGGUUGAUCGUCUUCCAGGAGCUUCAGAGUUCAUGGCAGAAAUAUUAAUAUUAUUAGUGGUGGGGUUUUAUAAUCUGAUGGGUUUUUAUUUUUUUUAUUAUUCUUUUUGUUGGACCAAACAUCGGCACAGAAGCUUCCAGAACCCAGAUUCUGGUUUGGGCUCCAGAAACGUGUUGAUUCUUAAAACUGCCGCCACAGACAGGAGAACAUUGAGUCUUCAGACGGCGGAACGUUCCUUUAGUGUCUUACUCACUUCUUUUUAUCAUUUUCUGCUCUUUUAUGGAUGUAAGAUGUAAAAAAAAAAA